AACCACUGCCACCCUGCAAAUCUUCAACACUUGGCCUGUACUGCUCUUCAUUACUUUAUUUCUCUGUAAAUUAAUUUUCUUCGUCAUUGUUUGCACCAAUUAUGUAAAGAAAUCAUAACCCAAAACCCCCCCAGCGCUUUUCCUUAUCGGUUUUUAGUUAAGAAGAUACAUGGGAAAAAGGUCUUAUGCUUUUUGGGUGCUAGAUUCCAUUGUUUGAAAAUGUGAUUUGCAGACUUGCAGACAAGCUUGAAAAUUCAGAGCCCCAUAUUCCAUUGUUUGAAAAUGUGAUUUGCAGACUUGCAGACAAGCUUGAAAAUUCAAAGCCCCAUGUGCAACACCCUGCCUAUUUGGUCAAUUUACUGAGGGAGGCAAAGUGGCAAACGCAAGAAAGAGAGAAGGAAUUCCACGUUUUUUUGUGAAUUUUAAACCACAGAAAACAACGCAUCACAAUCAUUGGCAUUCUAUAAGAGAAAGGUCGAGUCUUCAUAAAUGUGAAGCACAGGAAGGUCUCAGUAGGUGAUUCUUUGCAGACAUAUAUUUUGGGAUCUGGGUUUUAUAGGUAUAAGUGCCCUGUUCCAGAAUUGUUUUGGGAUUUGUGCUUCUGGGUUUCUUUUGAAGUUCUUGUAGUUGAUCUAUUGGUGGAGGACAUACUUUAUUUGAAUUGUUAGUCUUCUGAGUUUUAAUGGGUUACCAAAACCCACUAUUUGCAUCUCUUUGCAUUUUGCUACUUUCAUUUGGAGCUUGUUUUGCUUCUUCUAUUCAAGAUCAAGUGAGGGAUAGGAUAACACAGUUGCCAGGGCAGCCAGCCAAUGUGGGGUUUCGUCAGUAUUCUGGUUAUGUCACUGCCAAUGAGCAAGCUGGGAGAGCAUUGUUUUACUGGUUGGUUGAGUCCCCAGCGCAUCGUGAACCGGAGUCCAGACCGCUAGUGUUGUGGCUCGCUGGUGGUCCAGGUUGUUCUUCUGUUGGUCAUGGAUCAGCUCAAGAGAUUGGACCUUUUCAUAUUAGACCUGAUGGAGAGACCCUUUACAUGAAUCCAUAUGCUUGGAACAAUUUGGCAAAUUUGCUUUUCCUUGAAUCUCCAGCUGGUGUUGGUUUUUCAUACACGAAUACGUCUUCAGAUUUGUAUACAGCUGGAGACCAGAGAACAGCUGAAGAUGCGUAUACAUUUCUGGUCAAUUGGUUUGAAAGGUUUCCUCAGUACAAGCACAGAGAUUUCUACAUUGCUGGAGAAAGUUAUGCAGGUCAUUAUGUUCCUCAACUGUCUCAAUUGGUUUAUGAGAGAAAUAAGGGAAUUCAGAAUCCAGAUAUCAAUUUUAAAGGGUUUAUGGUAGGAAAUGCUGUAACUGAUGAUUACCAUGAUCUUGUUGGCACAUGGGAACACUGGUGGACACAUGGUUUAAUUUCUGAUUCCACCUAUCGUGAGCUGCGAGUCAAGUGUUACAAUGUUUCCGCUAAGCAUCCAUCACUGGCUUGCUCGGAGGCCCUCGAUGUAGCAGCGUCAGAGCAGGGAAACAUUGACCCAUUCAGCAUUUACACCCGUCCUUGUAAUAGUACUGCAGCACUAAAGCGCAACUUGAGGGGUCAUUAUCCAUGGAUGUCCAGAGCAUAUGAUCCAUGCACUUUUCUGUAUUCUGCAAAGUAUUUUAACCAUCCAGAAGUCCAAAAGGCACUCCAUGCAAAUGUAACUGGAGUUUCGUACCCGUGGACAACAUGCAGUGAUGUUAUUUAUGGCAACUGGUCGGAUUCUCCACUGUCUGUGCUUCCAAUUUAUCGAGAGCUCAUUGCUGCGGGUCUCAAGAUAUGGGUAUACAGUGGAGAUACUGAUUCAGUGGUUCCUGUGACUGCCACGCGUUACUCCAUAGACGCCCUUAAGUUACCGACCAUCACCAAUUGGUUCCCAUGGUAUGAUACUGGCAAGGUUGGUGGCUGGAGCCAAAUAUACAAGGGGCUGACAUUAGUCACCAUUACCGGAGCUGGACAUCAGGUCCCACUCCUUCGACCUCGAGAAGCUUUCAUUGUUUUCAGAUCAUUUUUGGAGAACAAGCCCAUGCCUAGUUAAUUUUCAUUUCCAAUCUUAUUCAAACAUAUUCUUGAUGAAUAAGCAGCACAAACACCUGGAACUUGCAACCAUUUUUCAUAUACAAACGCCGUGAAGAAGGAAAUGAUAAAAUAAGAGAAGUAUUCAUCUCGAAUUCCUCUCCAUUCUUGCUUGGAGCAGCGUCAUUUUCAUAUUGUUCUGCAGUUGCUAUCUGGCUAUUGGGUAAUGGAUAGCAUUCAUGAGAAGGAAAGCUACUGAUAAGUAAGAGCAAUUGUACUAUACAUAUAUAUAGAUGGAUUCCUCAUAUUAAAGAAACAUUCUUUGGGUUUCAGUUUAGUAGAAGUGUUCUCAUCAGUUAUAUUGUACUGGUAUGUGCGACAUAUAUAUAGUCUUCUUCACAAGUUCUUAAA